AAAAGACAGCUGACUACAGGUGAAUAUGUUGUUCGGUAGUUCUGCAGGGCUGUACAAAGUAAUUUCGUCUUUGUCAAAUAGCACUGGGAGAUACAUGUUUUCAAGUGCCGGUCCAAUAGAAUCGCGAUUAAACCUGGUUUUAUCUCAGAAGUUCAAUGUAAAUUGUUCAACUUUCCCUCACUCUUCAGCCGAGCUUCUUGAGAAUAUAUAACGAAAGUCACCGUCAUAACCAGAAAAUAGGCAUAUAAGUUCUCAUAAAACCCAAACAUUUUGUCAAUGCUUGUAGGUGGGGAGACGCAUUUCAGAGUUGUAAUCGUGUCACAUCAUUUUAAUAAUCUUUCUCCUGUACAGAGAGAACGCUUAGUGUAUAAAUCAGUUGAACAUGAACUGCAGUCUGGUGUGCAUGCUUUAUCAGUUAUAGCUAGAGUAGUUGAUGAACCUUUGGAUAUACAUACGUCUCCACCCUGCCAGAAGUCUUUGUUAUAAUGUAUUUGCCAAGUGUCUAAUAAGAAUGUCUAUCUGUGCUGAUUCUAUGAAAUAUUGUCCAAGCUUACGGGAGAAUCAACUAGUCAAUGUACAUGUUAUCGUAUCAUUUUAAAUACAAACAAUUUAUGUAUUGUCAGCAAUGUUAUGUUAUCGUUUAUUACUGUUUUUGAUUUGUAUUGGGGAACAAGCAUAUAUAUGGUAACUUGUUUGA